UGUUAGCUGCGCUCUCAGCAGCAAGAGGAAGCAUAAUAACAAAGAAAAAAUUCGCAAGCCAAUUUCAUAUAAACACGAUUGCAAAUAAACAAAAUGUGAUAAUCGUAUAAUUUUUGAAAAACAGUUAAUACAACAAAAUGGACAAGUCCAGUGUGUACGAGAAAUUCACUAGCCAAGUGGACCAACUGCGUAACACGGAAUGCAGUCAAAAGCAAAAGAUUGCCUGCUUCCAGCAGAUAGCCGAGUGCAUUAUGUCACCCGCCUUGGCUGCCCACAUCAAUUAUGCAGCACAUUGUGGCACUGCCACAAAUGUGUUGUUGCUAUUCUGCGAGGACUUUGAUUCGGUGGUAAGGAUGAGCGCCGAGGAGAAUCUUAACAAAAUCUUUCGUGCUUUGGAAAAGACGCGUGUGAGUCGCAUUCUUAUGGAUUUAUAUGGUGAAAUCAAAAGGAAUGGUAAUCAGCGAUCGCUGCGCAUCUGCCUGAAUCUUUUUUCUUAUUAUGCGCCGCAAAUCAAGGAGAAACACAUCAAAUGGUAUGCCGUGCGUCUCUUGCAAUGCAUGUCUAUAAUGUCGCAGCGAAAGGAGACGCUGCUCCAGGAGACACUCUGCGAUUUUGUCAAAUAUUUUGGACGCUAUGUACAGCAGGGCCUCAACGAUAGUGAAACGUACACCUUGUUUGAGACAUUCCUGGGCAACAUUAGCGCGGAUUGUGCGGUGAAGCGUCGCUGUUCGGCCCAAAAUUGCAUCAGUUUGAUAGAGCAUGCGCGCAAUAGAAGUCUGAUGGCCAGGCAUGGACUGAACAAAGUGAUUGAAAUGCUGCUGACGGAUCAGCAAACGAGCUGCGUGCUUGGCGCCUUGGGUUUGUUGCGUCUGCUGCUGCCACAACUCAUACGGGGCUACUCAACUGAUUGCCAGGAUGAUGGCGACUCCUUGGCGGAUGCAGGGCAACAAAAACAACAACAACAGCAGCUGUCUGUAACGUCCGAGUGUCGACAAAUUAUUGAAAUUUAUGAUUAUUGUUUGCACCUGCUGAGCACGCAGCAGACAACGAAUCACGCCAUCAUAAAUGCCGCACUGGAGGUCAUCAAUGGCAUACUCCAGGCACUGGAUGCUGCCACAAGCUCAACAAUGGCAACAGGGCGGCAACAGCAGCGGAGCGAGAAGAGUCUUGGACAAAGUUUGCGCCAACUGCUGUGCAAUCAACAACUGGAGCACAAUGAGUAUUUGCGGCGAAGGAAAUCAUUAAAAAAUCAAAUAUUCCAAUUGAAAAAUUACGAACUGGGGGCAAGUCAACAACAGCAACUGCAGCAGGCGGCAGUGGCAACAUCACGACAAAUGCAAAUGCAAAAGAAUUCAAAUGCCAAACUGCAGCAGCAAAAGUGUCAACAGCAACAACAACAACAACAACAACAACGAGAUGCAGAUGGAGAAGAUGAACUACAAAGUGGCAGCAACUUGCUGCAAGUCGUGGGAAUUAAUGCGGUAGCUGAUGAUGCUGAUACCGAGAAAGAUGCUGCACCGAGUUCCGUUGCUGAUGAAGACAAAAAAGCAACGCGACGUCAUAUUAGAAAUGCGGCACGCAGCAUUAGCGAAUGUGUUGCAAACAGCGCAUCGGACGAUGAAGAGGAGCAACAACAAAAUGUCGAGGAUGAUGCUGACGAUGACAUGGAGCUGUUGAGCGUCAUUGCAGAUGAUGAGUACGAUGGCUUUACAACGCUGUCGCAACUAAAUGAAGUACAACAGACUAUGCCAUCAACAGCAGCAGCAGCAGCAACAACAAUUGAUAAACCGAUUGAUGCCGAAAAUGCUACGUCAUCGUCUAAAUUUCAGGCCGUGCAACAUCAGAGCUCGUUGCAGAAUCUGCUUGCCAGUGGCAGCGAUGACAGAUCCCAGCAUUUGAGUGACAUCGACAAUGAAUCCUUCAACAGCAUCGAUUUCGAUGCGGAAAUAACAAUUGCUGGCAUCAGGGAGCAGCAGACAGCAACAACAGCAGCAACAACAGCAGCAACAACAGCAGCAACAACAACGACAACCGCAACAAUAGAGUCAACAAAAUCAGAUUCAAUGCCAGAUGAGACAACAACAAUUGGCACAUUCUUCAACAAUUUGUUGUCCCAUUCAAAUGCAGCCUCGGAGUCGGUCAGUAAGCUCUUUCGUCAAUCAAGUGGCCCCAAAUCCACGCCUGCCAAGUCGACGCCAGCCACUGAUAAAUCGGAUGCCGCAUCGAUGGCAUCCCUGACGCUCUCCUUGAGCUCCUUGGCCAGCAGCAGUGCGACAGGAGGAGGCGCCCACCAAGAGCGUCAGCCUUCGAUAGUCGAAACGCCCACACCGGUGGAGGAGUCCAUCUCGGCCAGUGCCUCCUACACAGCAUCCACGGCACUCUUGAUGGAUGCGCCACCGACGAUUGCUGUGGAUGAGUCUGAAAUGGAGCCACAGCUGCGUCGCACACCGAAUGCUAAUCCCUUUCUGACGGAGAACUCACCACUAAAGCAAACGAUUUUGGGCCAUGCACUAAUCAGCAUUAAAAUUGGCAGCAUUCUGGAGCAAUCCCUGGUCUACUACACCUCACGUCUUCUCGCCGCACGUUUCCUUCUCAGCGGACGUGCGGCAGGAUUGCAACCGGACAGUGUCAGCCGUGUGUCCAUCAAGAGUCUAUCCCUGACAGUGAUUGCGCAUUGUGUGCGUCUUGUGCCACGUGUGUUGCAGCUGCCACUGGAGAUCAGCGCACAGGAGUUGCAGCUACUUACGGAGGCAACUUGUGGCAGCAGCGGUAACAGCACCCAAGCUUCCAGUCCACAGAGCAGCGACAACUCGCAGCUCAGCGAGGGAUUGGCUCAAUCUAUGACGGGAUCAUUGCUGCAGUCGAUUGAUGGCGACAAUCAGCUGCUGCUGGACAUUAAGGAUGAUCAUUUUGGACCCAGCACCUGCCCCGCUUACUUGCAACAAUCGCCUACGCUUAGUCGUAGUGCUGAUGCCGCCCUGUUGCAAUGCCAACUGGAAGCGAGGCGACAUUCCAACACCCAGAAACCCAAUCCUGCCGAGACUAAACUAUCCCGAUCGGAGAUCAUUGGCAGCUCUUAUCGCAUCACAAUUGCAUCAGAGGAUGCACCACCGUUGGCCUUGCCACCGCGUCCCCCCAAGCGCACCAAAUCGCUACGCAAUCGGCCCCAACCGGCUGGCAAUGUGGCAAGUGUUGUGCCCACACCCAUAACGGCUGCCGGCUGCCAGGCGUUGUCGGAUGUGCUGCUUUUUCACGCUCACUGUGAUCCCAUUUUGCGUGGCGGCGUUCAACAAAUUGUGGGCAGCUUUGUGCUGGCAACUGGCGCCGGUCGCUGCCUCCAGUUGCAGCAACGCCUCAGCCUGCCGCAUUUGCUGGCCAUUUUGUUGAAGGGCUUUGAGGACGAGAUACACACAGUGGUCAUACAAGCGUUGAAUGCAUUCGAUAAGAUAUUUCCGCAUGUGGUGUCCAAAUAUUUGACAGUGCCGCCAUGUCAUUAUCAUGCUUAUCAGAAACGACAGCAGAUGCAGCAAGAGGAGCAAAAGCAGCAGCCAAGUGGACAACAAAAGGGUCCUGGCCAGGGCCAAACAUUUGGCCAACAAACUUUUACAAAGAAUCUGGAUAAUGCCUUAAGCAGUCAGCAGCAGCAGCAGGAGCAGCAACAGCAGCAGGAGCAACAAUGGCACUCUAACGAUGACAACUUAAGGGCAGACGAGGCCAGGAUAUGUGCCAGGUCUUGUACAGCCACUGAUAAUGAUGAGCUGCUCGUUGGCCUUUUGAAUGAUUUUCAAUUGCAAUCGAAUCGUAUGCAGCACAGCAGCAGCAACAACAACAACAACAGCAACGACAACGACUACCAAUUUAAUGAGCCUGGUCCAUGUUGCGUGUUUGCAAUUUCACCGAAAUUGCUCUUGAACAAACUUCGACUGUGUCAUUACAAUAAAUAUUGGUUGGUCCAGAAUAAAUAUGCCGAAGUUAUAUCCAAUUUGAAUUACAUACUACUGCGUUCCUACUACGCAAAUUUCGACAGUGCCUUUGGCAACAGCAACAACAACAAUGUUGGCCAUGAGAAAGAUAAGCGGCAGAAUGAUAUGCCUGACGCCUGCAACUGGAAGGAGGCGGCUUACAGCAAGGACAUUGUCUGCACUUAUGAGGCUCAAUUCCUGGACGAACUUCUGCAUCUGCUGGGCGAUGAUGAUGCACGUGUACGUGAACAUGCCGCCUGCUGUUUGUGCCGCUUUAUAAUGCAAACGGCGCGCCAGCAACAACAACAACAACAACAGCCAAUGGUGGCAGCAACAAGGAUUGAGGAAGGCAGCAGCAGCAACAGCAACAACAACAGCAACAGCAAUAUCAGCUCAACUGAAACUCAACAAACUAAUUUCAAUUUGCUUUGGGAUUUUUUCGACUAUCGCAUAUUUGGCAGCAUGUCCGUGACGUUGCGUAAUUUAUUCCGGCCAAGCUCAACGAUUACUCCACCAAUGUCUGUGGAUGCCGGAGAGCAUAGUCAUGGCUCAACAGAAGCCAUUGGACCAGGAGGAGGAAUAGCUGGUGUAGGUGCAGCCGCCUCGUUGUCGGCCUACUUUGAUGGCAGUUACAACGUUGGCAAUACCAACGGCAUCUCGGAUGGUUAUGUUUUUGCUUUUGGUUCUCAACGUCAAAUUGCGCAAGAGGAAAAAGUUUUGGCCAAAGUUUUGUAUCGCAUGACAAAUAAAUUGAUGACGCUGAAUGAUAAAAAUAUGCAGUUUGGCAUAAUUUACGCUCUGCGUCUGCUGUUGAAACACUUUAAUUUUGUGGACUAUCAACAGGCGUGGAAGGAAUUCAAUUUCAUAGAAAUUUGCAUGAGCUACGCCUACUACAACAGUGCCACAGCUGCGGACUUGAAUUGUCAGAACGAUUUGAUUGAUGUGAUGGCCAAACUAAUGGCAGGUGGCAUGCUGAGCAGCGGCGAGUUGUUGCCCACAGCCCAGCUGGACUUUCUGCUGCGUCACAGCGUCAAGCUGCUGAACAUCUACUAUCAUCUGGUGUGCAAUCAACGACCGUUGCAGCCCAAUAGCUCCAAGAUGGCCAAGACGGGCAGCAAGAGUGAGCUCUUUACGCUGAACAGCAACGCCAGGGAGUUGGCAAUGAUGCAGGCGCUGGGUUACUUUGCCAGCGAUUACGUUUACAUGAAACUUUACAACAUUUUAAGAGGUGCUAAUGACAGCUACAAGAUAACCAUAAAUCAUGAGGCUGGCGGCUUAUUAAUUUGCCUGCUGAAGAGCUGCCUCAAUGCAUUGAGCUUCUGUCUGGAGGCACUACCACCACCGGCGGCCGCAACGUUGGCAACACCAUCCUCGCCAGCGUUGAAAUUAAUUGAAGAAAUACUACAGUAUUUGACCAAGCUCAUAAAUUAUGCGCCCGGCGAGUGCGUUGCAUGUCUGCGGCAACUGUUGAAAUAUUUAUUUGGCCAAAAUUAUGCAAGCGAAGUGCAAAGGCAGCCCAAUGGCUACCAUGCCACAUUUGUUCGUCCCUAUUUUGCGGCCAAACGUGGCAGCAUUACAACGGACGCGCCAUUGUUGCCAGCAGCUUCAAUGAACCCAGAAACGACAACAACAGCAACAACAGCAACAACAACAUCGAUGCAAGAACUAAUUGCAAUGGCCAACGUAUCGCCUGCAGCCCUGGGCACGCUAUUUGUGCAGGGCAUGCAGGUGGGAUCCCCGCCGGCAGGUGACUGUGUCCGGCUUAUAAAGCUAUUCGAGCCGCUGGUCAUCUACUGUUUGACGCUCUUUAUGAAAUCGAAUUCACUGAUACAGGCACCCAUAUUGAAGUUGCUAUCACAACUGCUCGAUCUUAAUGUCACCUACAGCAUUCUGGACUCGAAAAGCGUUAUAUUUGAACAAAUAUUAAACAAUCUGGAUCUCAUUGAAUGCGGCAUAGAUAGAAAUGCCUGCAUUAUUGUGCCGGCCGUGCUGCAAUUUCUAAUGCAGUUGACCCACAAGAGCGACCGCCAGUUGAUAACCAUACCGAAGAUUAUAAGCAUUACCAACAACUUGUUGGCCAAUGGAGCAGUGCGAGAAGUGGCAUUGUUAGCUUUGAAAACACUUAGCUAUGAGUUGUUCUUUAUGCACAGUCCAAUUGAGAAGAAUCUGGACGAUGCUUGCGAGGAUGGGGCAGAACUUGACAAGUGCCAGAGUCCGCUGACCGUUGUGGCCACACAGGACACAAGGGAGGCAUUGUUGGUGCAACGGCGCGAAUUGGACACACAGAAGGAAGUUGUUCUUGGCAUGCUGGAGAAGUUUAUUGAUGCACGCGCUGUUCAGCAGUUGUUGGCCCUGUUGCUGCUAUACGAGCGUAGCAUGCAACAGCUGGAUGCCCCCGCCUAUCUGAGUGCACAGGAUGCGAAUGUCGUUUAUGGGCUGCUCUGUCGCUCGUUCGGCUCGGGACAAUUGCGAUUGCACACAUUUGGAGAUCUGCGACUGCUCGAAAGCUGCUUUCGCAACAAUGGCAACUAUGUGUUGGCCGGCAGCAAGGAAUUUCUGCAAUUGCUGCAGCUAUUUAUUGAACAGGAUGUGGGCAAGUUUGGUGAUUUAGCGCUGGCAAUGAUUACGCUGGCAAAUGUAAUCCUUAAAACUGAAGAAAUUUAUCUGUUGAAUCACAUAAAACUUUAUUUGAAAAAUAAUCCAACGGCCGCCGCAGCAGCCGCCAAAGCAGCAGCAACAACAACUACUACUGGAGUGGAAAGGAUACAGUGGCAGGAUGAAGCACCUUCGACAUCUUCGGCAGCUGCCGCCGCCAGAGCCGCCACCUCAUCGAGAGCCUCCUCGUCCCGUUCCCCGAUUAGUGAAAUUAACUACUUUGCCAAAGUUCUGAGCGAGAAGCUGCUCGGCUGUCUGGAUGCUGUACUUGGCACUGACUCUGCCCCUGGCUCAUCGUCCUCUGUCGCUGGCCACGCCUACUGCCAGCUGGCCUCUCGAUUCGUUAACGCGCUGCACAAUGUUUGCUGUCGCUCACGGCACAAGGAUGCGCUGCAAUCAGUUUUUCGUUUGGUUUUGGCCGAAUCUGAAUUUCUCUGUAAAUACUACAAUUUACUGCUGAUGAGUGUCGAGGGUGGCGCCGCUGGAGAGGCCCUGGAACCGGUGCUCUUGGCCUGCCUGCAACUAUUGCUCUCCAUGCGUAUGCUGGAGCCCAUGGUAUUGUUGGCCCAGGCGGCAGAGUUGCCGCUGAAGUGGAGCCUGCAACGUGCGAUGCUGGACGAAGUUUGUCGUGCAAGUGCGGCACACGAUUGGAGUCCGCAACAAGUGCGCCGGCUCUGCGAUGGCAAGUAUCUGAAUUUCCUAAUUGCUGACCACUUCGAAUUCCUUUGCGAGCUCUGCCAAGUGCGUCCCGAGUGCGGCUCAUUAUUGCAAGCGUCGCUGCUUCGCAAUGCCUCCAAGUUGAAUAAGCACUCGAUACACAGCAUCUUGCGUCUCCUGUGCCGCCUUUGCGAGCAUCGGGAUUCAGUUGGAGGUGGAUCUGGCGAUGGUGAUGGCGAUGUCGGUGCACCUUCCUCGUUGCAGGCCCUACAGCUGCUGAGUCGACUCCAUCAGUUGCAUGGCGGUCAACGUGCUAUGCAGUUGCCCAUGGAGCGACUGGCACGACGAUUGGCGGCCCAAAGCGACCCUGCGGCCAGGAACGCCAUCUAUGAGAGGCUGCUUCAAGGCGAACUCGCCGGUGAUGACGACCAGGACGAGCUGCGUACAAUGCUGCUAAAGGACCUUGAGUGCCCGCAGGACAAUGGAGCUGCCUCGCCGCCGCGCAUAAUUGAUGAGAGCUGGCUUUUUGGUCAGCUAAUCAAAUUUGCCACACAGCAUGCGGAUGCGCCACAACAGCAACAGCAGCUGAUGCGUUUGCUGCUCGACAUUCAAUCGGAGGCAAAGUUGCAGCGAUUGUUGCGUAGUCUCGGUUCGUUGCAGGAGUCGCGUCUGUUGCGACACGCACUGGAUGGGGCACUGUCAUCGAUGGUGGCGAACUUUCGGCAAAAGUGCAUUCAACAUGCACCGCACAUUAACUACAUGCAACUGCCGCCGCUGGCGCGUGUCGCCUGUGCGUCGCUCAUGUCACGGGUGUCGAAUGCAAAGCAAAUCGAUGCAGACGAUGCGGAGCAGUUGCAUGUGGCACGGGCACUGACCACGUUGAUGCUUGCCAUAAGGAACCUCGAGCAAAUGGCGCUCAUCUACAUUGAUGCCCGGCACAUUGAAAAGUUUGUCGGUGAGCAUUUGCUGCGCCAGGAGCAGCUGCCAUCGAUGCUCUCUUAUAUGCGCUGCUUGGCCAACGCCUCGAGGCAAGUGCUGCAAACAGAACAUGGUCUUGCCACUGACCAGGAUGGGUUGAACGUGCUGUUUGGCUGCCUCGAUGCGUUGUUGCAACAGCCACGUAUCUGGUGGGCACUCAACUCUAGCUGCGAUGCUGCAUUGCGAGCUGAAUUGCUGGAGGUUGUGGUGCUCACAGCACGCCGCAUGCUGCAGGAUACAAUUUUCUAUCAACGACAUCGCCUGCAUGGUGCACAGUCGGCACCCCAGGCUAUUUUCCUUGCCAAAUUGAUUGAAACGCAAAUUGAUAUGGAGUCCUGGCAAAAGGGCUCAGCUGCCGAUGAAUUUGGUCGGCAGGAGUUGGCCCAGUUUCAAGUGCCGCUGUCGCUUAUCGCCUCCAUUGGCACCUCGUUGUUGCGCACACACGAAUUCUAUGCCUAUGCCGUGACGCCCUAUGAACUCAUACAGCAGCAGCAACAGGCGACAGCAACUGUUGCCAGCGGCAGUGGCAAGUUGCCCACAAUACCAGUAGAUAGUCUCAGUGAUGUUGAUGUCCUGCGUCAGUUUGUCAAACGGCUAUCCAUUUUUGGCUAUACAACACGACAGCAAUUCGAGGAAUAUUUUAUGACGUUUCUGCUGCUGAUCAAUAAACUGUACGAUGAGCAUAUGGUCGAUCAACAAGAGCAAUUUCAGAUCAAGCAGGUCUGCCUGCAGGCCAUUAUGGAACUUUUAACGACUUAUAAAACUUUUCCCAUUGUCGGACAUGGAAACAGUCAGUUCUUUCACACGACUCGUUGGCAGCGCAUCAAUUGUGACACCAUUAGUUUGAAGAAACUGCAUAAGGUGCAGCUGCUUGUCGAUGCAUCGUGCAACGUCUUCUAUCAUGCCAAUCUGGAACGUCAGUCGAGGCAGAACAAUGUGAUUGGCACACGCAACUUUGCGGCCAAUCAAUGCGAUCUCAAUUUCAGUUGGGCUCAAAUGGAAGCAUACGCACUGCCCCCAUCGCCUGCCACCCCCGAUGCGUCGGAUGAGGCAGAUGUGGCUGCCACCGAGUCAAGCAAACAGCGAAGGCAAUCCAGUAACAGCAACAGCAACGGCAACAUGACUGACACCACCUGGCGCAACUAUAGUCACUUUGUGCAACUAUCGGGCAUUGACUUUCGCAGCAGCAUGCAGCUCGUUUUCGAUGUGUUGCAACAGAUGAUCGAGCAAAAUCAAAUACUGGUGCUGCCAAACUUGGUAAAGUUUAGCGAAAUCUGCGAGAGUCGUGAUCAAAUCAAGUGGAUUAAGGAGCGCACAAUGCGACUGCAGGAACAAAUUGCCAUGGACGAUACGAUAUCACAUCAGCAUAUAAUCUACUUACUGUGCCGCACUCAGGCACUCCUGAUGCCCAGCCACGGGGAGUUGCAACACUUGGCCUCGCUGAUUGGUAACGUCUAUCUGAAGAGCUCACAUUGCUUCAUACGCAUUGCGGCACUCCAGGGUCUACUCUGUCUAUUAGAAUGUUGCAGCAGAACCAACACGGCUAUGGGAAAGCUCAGCGAUGAGCUCACAUUGUUGCGUGACUUAAUUGUGGGCUAUAUCAAUCGUCAUGGCAUCAUUGAUGAAAGCCCUCUGCAGUUCAGCGAUGAGCAUACGAAACUGGUGUGGACGCUCAAUUACAGCCUGAUCGAGUGGACAUCGAAAUUUGUGCCCCAAUGUCAUUUGCUAUCGAAUACGAUAAUUGCGGCCAGCAAUUUCCUAAAGAAGACCCACAAUGAGGAUCUCUAUUUAUGUGUGCUGCAUGGUCUCGAGCGCAUGGUGGUCAACAGCGGCAAUGGGAGUGCAGCGCCUACCACAGCUGAGGCAGCCGGAAGUGGCUCGUUGCGUGGUGUCGGAGCGGUCGCUGACUCUGGAUGCGGUGGCGGUGGUGGUGGAGGUGGUGGUGGAGUUGUGGUCACACCACAGUUGCGACAUAAAAUUGAAAAACUUGCGCUCGAAUUGCUGAAAAUGGAAAAUGAGAAAUUUUCAAUUCCGGCAUUGAAAUUGCUUUUGUCCUGCAUGUAUGUGGGCUCUGCUGCGCAGCUGGAGAACACGGAGCUAUCGAAUGGCAUUGUGCAGGACGAUCCGGAGAUAAUCGCGCUGCAAAACGAUAAAGUCGAUAUACUUUUGCAUUGUAUUAAAUCAUCGAGUCGAGACGCCGCAUGGAUUUAUGGACAAGUACUGUGCCAAAUUAUACGUGAUUUAGUGCCACCGAAUGAAAUAUUGACGAAGGUCAUAAAGGAGUUUCUGGCCAUAAAUCAACCGCAUGGCGAUGUUAUUGCCACGAUUGUGUAUCAGGUGUUUCGCUCCGCUAUUGACUCAUCGUACCUGCAAAUGCUGCAGGACUGGUUAAUCUGUACGCUGCCAACGUUCCUGGCCCAGAAGGAGGAGCAAGGUGUCUGGGGUCUCAGCGUCAUCUUUUUAUCCGCUUCCAUAAAUCUGCAUUUGAUUAAACUAUUUCCGUUGGUGCUCGGCAUUGGUGUCUCGACAACGUCGGCGGCGGCGGCAGCAACAACAACAACAACAGCAACAACAACGGUACUAGGAAAAUUGGGUCAACACGAAAUUGCAUUGUUCGUGACAGCUGCACAAGAUUUCCAUGCGAAAUUGAGUGUCGAGCAGAAGCUGCGCUUUCGGGAGGCCUUUAAGAACUAUGAGCAGAGUCAAGUUUAUGCCGGGAUGUUGCAGCGUCUCUGAUAGCGAUAAGACCGUGCAGAACCUGGACCAGCGAAUCGGAUUUGGCCAACAAAACUUGCUCCCUGGACAAGCGCAAGCGUGAAUAACUAAUUGCGCUGGGCGCUAACAAAGUUCAAAGCGGAUGUCCUUCUACUUCUGUCCUCGCUCCUCAACCUCAAACUUCUUUAAUAGUUUGCGAAUUCAAAAUUAAUUUAUGGUUUACAUUAUGUGUAACUAAUAUUUAAAUUAUAGCCCCCUCUCACUUUCAGUCGCUCUCUCGCUCUGCAAACGCUUCAAACUUUAACGACCCGCAAUUAAUUCCUGAGACGUCCCCUGCCUGCUUUUAGAAUAUUGUGUUCUUGUCAGUUUUUCGUAAAGUUUUUCAUUUAUAUAUUAUGACUUGGCUUGUUAGUCCGGGUUAAAGUUGAGCCAGCGAGCGUCUAGUAGUCAUUAGUAUGCGGCCUAAUCAAUUGCUAGUUAAUUUCAUUAAAAAUUCCAUUAUGUUAAAUCAAAAAAAA